AGUGAAGUCCAGUCAAAGCUCUUCAGAAGCUUCUCUGUGUGGAUACCGAUCACUUAACAACACUUAAACACUUUCUGAGCUAGACUACUGGAGAUGGCUCACCUUAAAACCUGCACCUUGAGUGUCCUCAUACUCAUCGCCUUUCUCAUGGAGACCGAUGCAGGGCAUUGCUGUCUCAAAUACCGUAGACGGCCUCUAGACUGUCGACAUCUGAAAGGCUUCGAUAUCCAGAAAAUGACUGGCCGCUGUGAUCUUGCAGCGAUCAUCUUCCAUACAAAAAAUGGAAAAUUUGUUUGUGCUGACCCUAAACAACCUUGGACGCAGGACAGAGUUGAGUGCCUAAGAAUGAAGGCUGCAGUAGUGAAGACGGGUGGUGGUUUUUAAUGCUUUAAGAAUGCAUAAAUGGAGAGGCUGUUCUGGAGAUGGUUUUUGUUUUGUUGGACUGUGUCCCUCUUUGAUAAAGAGAUCUUAUAUUCUAUAUACUGGCAUCACUUAAUUGCA